AUGUUAGGAGAUGUCGAUUCUAGUGAUCAGCUGACAUUGCACACUUUCUGUGACGCUAGUCAAUCUGCUUACGCUGCAGUUAUUUUUAUUAGGAUAGAGAAGCAAUCGGGUAUUGAAAUGCAAUUUGUACAAGCAAAAUCGAGAAUCGCGUUAGUCAAAAAUGUAACUAUUCCGCGAUUAGAGCUCUUAGCAGCAACCAUCGCGACUAGGUUAACAAACUCUGUGUUAGAUACUCUUCAAUUGAUUGACGUUAGAACGCAUUGGCGACAUGUACCCGGAGCGUUAAAUCCAGCGGAUUUACCGUCGAGAGGUUGUAGUGUUCGUCAAUUAUUAUCAUCGAAUUGGUGGGAGGGCCCACAGUGGUUGCGUUCCCCGGUAGAUGAAUGGCCUGCUCAGAAUUGUUCCUUUGAUGAUGCUGAAAUUAAUAAGGAAAAAAGAAAGUCCUGUUUAACUCCGGUUGUAGCUUCUAUAGAAACUCUGCUGACAACUUCGAAAGAGAAGAAUACAAUGCCUAAUUAUAGGAAGACUAAACUUGACUUCUUAGAUGUAUAUCGUUUUUCCAAUUACCAAACUAUUUUACGAGUUAUUACUUGGGUAAAAAGAUUUAUUAGUAACUCUCGAAACAAGAAGGAACUGCGCGAAAAGAGUGAGAUAUCCGUAGUCGAAUUAAAAGAAUCCGAGAUUACAUUACGGCGACUUGUUCAAGGUGAAAAUUUUAUUGACAAAAAUGAUGAUCGGAUUAGAUACUUAAAUGCUUUCAAAGAUGAUCGGAAUAUAAUACGUUUAAGUACAAAAAUCACUAUGAGAAAAGACACUAAAGGCUUUCGAUAUCCUAUAGUCUUACCUGCCGACUGCUAUAUUGUGCGAUUAAUUAUUAGAGAAAAACAUGAACAACUACUUCAUGCCGGUGUACAGAUUCUGAUGAAUAAGUUGAGGGAACAAUUCUGGAUCUUAGGUGGUAGGAGGACUGUUCGAUCGGUUGUAAGACAAUGUGUCGUCUGUCGUAGACAUGAUGCUAAGGAUAUACAGGUUAUUACAGCUCCACUACCAGAGGAUCAGGUUAGAGAUGCUGCUAUAUUUGAGAUCGUAGGAAUUGAUUUAGCAGGACCUGUGUUCCUCAAGGGAUCUCAGAAAGCAUGGAUAGUUCUUUUUACUUGCGCUGUGUAUAGAGCCAUACAACUUGAAUUGGUGACUUCUUUGUCAACCGUAUCAUUUUUAGAAGCUUUCCGACAAUUUGUGGCGCGACGAGGAAAACCUACAGUCGUUUAUCCAGAUAAUGGGAAGAAUUUUGUAGGUUUAAAUAAUUUAUUUUCUAAAGUGAAUUGGGAUGAAGUAGCAAAAGUCGCUACGGAAAUUAAAGAAAUCGAUGUACCUAAUUGUGAUCAAAUAGAGGAACAGAAGUUAGACAAAAAGUUUGCGUACCGACAAAAAAUCAAGGACGAUUUGAGAAGUAGAUUUCGCGUAGAGUACUUAGGAGAGUUAUUACACCAUAAUAAUAAUAAAAGAAAGGAAUUCUGGAAGAUUCAAGUGGGUGAUAUUGUUUUAGUAGAGGAUGAAAACAAGAAACGUAUUGAAUGGCCCUUAGCGCGAGUCAAAGAUGUUAUUUUCGGCAGGGAUAAUGAAGUGCGAGUAGUUCGUUUAGUUACUGCUUCUGGCGAGUUAAUAAGACCUGUGCAAAAGGUUUACCCGUUGGAAUUAACAUCCGAUAAAAAUAAAAGCGCAGAGCGAAGUCUUAUUAAUGAGAAAUCAGAUGCUUCUUGUAAUUCUAUUGAUAGUAUUUCGGAAGCUUCGCGUUAUAGUCCCGUAGAAUCACCUAUUGUAACGAGAUCUGAGCGCAACGUUAAAAAACCAAAGAGAUUCUUGUAG